AUGUCAAGCCCUGCGAAGAAGAGGAAGCUGAACAGCGACUCCAAGUCAACAGGCCCAUCUUCGAGGGGCCUAGAGUACUUCUUCUCUAAGCAAAAACCCAAGGCUCCUGAUAGCCCUGCGCCGGUCGCAGAUCAAUCUGGGCAGGAUGUCCACUCCGGCGAUCAUGAGAUGACCGAUGAGGCGCUGGCGAGAAAGCUCCAGGCCGAGUGGGACCAGGAAGAUGCAGGCGCCAGACCCGUCGCCGCAGCUCAGGGUAGCUCAGCAGCUUCACCGGUGAUACCGCCUGAAGAAGAGGAUACCGCCAUAAUUGUGCCCGAUCAUGUCGUGGACCAGGCAGGGACACCGAAAAAGCCCCUGCCAAAGGUGGAGAUCAAAGCGAAGAACACAUUGUCCCUGCAGUCUGUUGCCGCAUCCGUGGACACAGUCUCGGAAUCCAUACCCUUUGAUGAGAGCCCGCUUACAUUCGACCCUACCAAGUACGCACGACAGCUCCAGGAGCUUUGGGCUGGCGAGGGAGGUGAUGCUUCAUAUGCGCUCUUGACACGAUGCUUUGUGCUGGUGAAUGGCACAUCAAGCCGGAUUAAGAUCGUGGAUACUUUGGUCAACUGCUUGCGUGUGCUCAUCGAAGGAGAUCCGGAAAGCCUACUGCCUGCGGUCUGGCUAGCCACGAACUCCAUCUCGCCACCAUAUAUCUCACUAGAACUGGGACUAGGCGGCUCGGCCAUCUCGAAGGCCUUGAAGCAAGUUUGCGGUCUGGACAAUCGAUCCCUCAAGGCAAUUUACGACAAGUAUGGCGACGCGGGUGAUGUGGCCUUCGAGGCCAAGAAGAAGCAGAGCUUCACCCUGCGGAAACCCAAACCGUUGACCAUCAAGGGCGUCUUCCAGUCUCUGGUCAAGGUGGCCAAUAGCCAAGGCCAGGGAAGCGGGGAAGUGAAGCAGCGGAUCGUCGACAGAUUACUCCAGGACGCACGAGGAGGCGAAGAAAGUCGAUACGUAGUGCGUACGCUAUGCCAACAUCUUCGAAUAGGCGCCGUGAAGACCACGAUGCUUAUUGCGCUUUCUCGCGCAUUCCUGCUCGCACGCCCACCUGGAGCAGAGUUCCCACUGCGAUGCGUGGAGGAAUUGCGCAAGUUGAAGAAAGAAGAACUAGCCGAGAUCUGGAGCAAGAACGAGGAGAUCGUCAAGGCGUGUUUUGCGAGGCGGCCGAACUACAAUGACCUCAUACCCGUGAUGUUGGAGAUAGGCGUCUGUGACGAGCUGCUGAUACGCUGUGGGCUGACACUGCAUAUACCGCUGCGGCCGAUGUUGGGGAGCAUUACGCGGGACCUGGCCGAGAUGCUCACGAAACUACAGGGGAGGGAUUUCGCGUGCGAGUUCAAGUACGACGGGCAGCGUGCACAGGUGCAUUGCGACGACAAGGGCAAGGCCUCCAUCUUCUCCCGACAUCUCGAAGUCAUGACCGACAAGUACCCCGACCUCGUCGAGCUCGUGCCCAAGAUCCGCGGCGAGGGCGUCAGCAGCUUCAUAAUGGAGGGCGAAGUCGUGGCAGUGGACAGGCAGACGGGGGAGCUGAAGAAUUUUCAGACGCUCACGAACCGGGCGAGGAAGGACGUUGCGAUCGGCAGCAUUACCAUCGACGUCUGCCUGUUCGCCUUCGACCUCAUGUACUUGAACGGCCAGCCGCUGCUCGACCGCCCGUUCCGCGAGCGGCGGGAACUCCUGCGGUCGCUGUUCAUUGAGGUCCCGCACCACUUCACCUGGGUCAGGACUUUGGACGCCACGUCGCAUGACUCGGAGGCGGUGCUCGACUUUUUCAAGCAGGCGACUGACAUCAAGUGCGAGGGCAUCAUGGUGAAGAUCCUCGAUAACCUACCCAGCCUAGCAGCCCCAACGGAGACGGAUCAGGAGGCGCCAGAUGCCAAGGCCAAGACUGUCACAAAAGCCGCUAUGAAAGACAAGAAACCCUCAACCCGCCGUAAGGCCCUCCUCGCGACAUACGAACCCGACAAGCGGCUCGACUCGUGGCUCAAGGUCAAGAAGGACUACAGCUCGUCGUUCGACACGCUGGACUUGGUACCCGUGGCGGGCUGGCAUGGACAGGGCCGCAAGGCCCGUUGGUGGUCGCCGAUCUUGCUGGCCGUGCGCAACGACGAGACGGGCACGCUCGAGGCCGUCUGCAAGUGCAUGUCCGGGUUCACAGAUUCAUUCUACAAGGCGAACCGGAAGAUGUAUGACGACGGCUCAGGGGAGCCCGAGCCCGGUAUUACUGGGGCCGGGGAUGGUGCCACGGAGGAGCACACCAGAGACGGGAGCGCAGAUAAGCACGACGAGAAAGAAAACGACGACGACGACGAGGAAGAAGAAGAAGGCGAAGGCGAAAACCGCCGCUACAAGAACGUGCGCAAGACCAAACCCAGCUUCGUCGAGUACGCGGGGCACCCCGACGUCUGGUUCGAGCCGCAGGAGGUGUGGGAGAUGGCCUUUGCGGACAUCACGCUGUCGCCGACCUACACGGCGGCCAUCGGACUCGUGAGUCAAGAACGCGGGCUCAGUCUACGGUUCCCGCGCUUCCUGAAGAAGAGGGACGACAAGGGCAUCGAGGAGGCGAGCAGCAGCGAGUUCCUCGCCGGGCUGUGGCGCAAGCAGGAGGCGAAGGCGGCUCCCGCUGCGGCGGUCAAGGAGGUUGAUGCAGACGAGGAGGAGCAGGAGGAGGUUUAA